AUGAUGCUAUUGGCGGCCGAGGCCGCAGCCAGCGCCAACGGUCUCUUUCUGCAGGCCGCCGAGCUGCAGCUGCGGAAGGCGGAGGCUUUGGCGCCAGAGGACCCGGUGGUGGUGCUGAGCCGGGGGCGCGUGCAGCAGCAACGAGGCCAAGCUGAAAUGGCGUUUCAGUCUAUGUCGCGGGCCGCUGACCUAGCGGCAGGCAUCUCGCUCUCCACUCGCGCAGCGUCGCGCGCAGCGGAUUCCGCGGCCUUAUACCAGGUCUAUCUUCUCUGGAAAAACGCGCUGAACGAGCGGGGGGCACAGGCGAGCGGCAAGAUCCUGAAGAAUCUCGCCAAGUCUCUCCUCCCCUUCUUUGAGGCAACGCACAAUGCCUGGGAGCUUUGCGACAUCGCCUCCUGGCUGAAGGACUGGGGGGACCAGAAGGUGUCACAGAAGCUUUGGGAGGCAGCCAAACGAAGCGAUCCCUUCGACUCCUGCGUGCGAGAGGAUUGGAGCAAGUGGGAGGCUCAGCCCCCGCCUGGGCUCGCCGCGUUCCUGCGCUAG